AUGUCCAAUCCCUCGGCCCUUUGGCAAGCGGCGCGCCACCCGCCGGCCGAUGUCACGGACCCCACCCUCUUCCGGAACAAGGCCGUCCUCGUUACGGGCGCCAACUCGGGACUCGGCCUGGAGGCCGCUAUAAAGUAUGCCGGGCUCGGCGCGAACCCGCUCAUCUUGGGCGUGCGCACGGCCGAGAAGGGCGCCGCGGCCCGCGCCGCCAUCGCGGCGGCGUCGGGCUGCUCCCCCGACGUCAUGAUCGUGCUCACGCUCGACUUUUCGCGCCUCCGCACCGUCGCCGACUUCGCGGCUGAGCUGGGCAAGCGUGUAACUGCGCCCUUGCACGUGGUGCAGCUGGCGGGCGGCGUGGCCCCGCACAAGUACACGGUAAGCCCGGACGGGUACGAGAUGGCGUUCCAGUGCAACGUGCUGGCGCCGACGCUGCUGGCGCUGCUGCUGCUGCCCAAAGUGAAGGCGGCCGCCGAUGCACUACCCAAGUCGACCGAGGGUGCGACAGUAGACGAGCGGACGUUCCCCGUCAUCUCCUUCGUCAACAGCGUGGCGCACAACGAAGUCGUCGACGCCGACGUGCCGCGGGACCAGACGCUGGUGCAGCGCAUCAACGACAAGACGCGGUUCGACCACAUCAAGCAGUAUUUUUUGGUCAAGCUGGCUGGGUGGUAUGCCAUGCGUGGCGUUGCGGAGCGGGUCGGCGAUGUUCGGGCCGAGAGGGUCGUGGUGAAUGCGUCGUGUCCCGGCCUGUGCAAGACCAACAUGUUGAGCGGGACGCCGCUGCUCACCCGCAUCAUCAUGGCCAUCACCUACUUUAUCAUGGGCCGCACGGCCGAGCAGGGCGCGCGCACCAUGAUCAGCGCGACCGCUCUAGGGCCAGAGAGCCAUGGCCGCUUCUGGACGAAUGAUACCUAUCCGCCUUAG